AUGGAUAGUCCACUCGUUUCGCCGGCUAAGGCCCGCCAAGCUGCUAUCCAAGCCAAAGAUUGGGCGUACGUGAACUCCUGGCUCAAUCGACAAUACGCGCCCAAACCGGUCCCCAAGUUCGAGCGCAAUGAAAAUACACUCCGCGUCCUCCUGACCCUAGCUGCAGCCAAUGAUGCUGCAGACGAAGAAGCCGCUCUACAACAGCGAGCGCACGAAGAGGCUGUUCAGGCAUACAAAAUACGGGAAGAGUUCGAACGCAAAGAUCCCCACGAACAACAGAAGAACCAACUGCUUGAUGAAGUCGAGAUGUGUUUGGAUGAUACAGGAAGAUGCGAUCUAGAGGACCUCGCCGACUCCGCCGUAGCUCUGGGCAAUACUUUGGACCCGAGCCCGGGGGAUCUGGGACAGUCGAUUGUGGAGCUCACGGUGGAGGAGUUUGAGGCCCAGGAACAAAUUGCAAAGGUCGACACAUUGCAUAGUUAUCUCCAGCGAGAGCUGGCACGAUUACAAGCGGAAUUUGAGGAAUUGAAGACCGAUGUGGCAUAUGAAACACCUUCCGAUAUACAAAGCUUAACGUCUGAGUGGACACGCGGCACGAAGACACUUGCGAUCAAAGUCGGGGAGUACCAAGAUCGUAUUACAUCACUGGAAAAGAUUCAGCCCCGGGGGCCGACUAUUGAGGAGCUGAUGGCGGAGGAGGAGAAUGUUAUCAGGAUGCGGGAGACGGUCAAGGCGCUGCAAGGCCGUGUGAGGGCGUAUCAUGAUCUUCCCAAGGAUACCCCAGGAGCACGGACAAAAUACAAGGAGCUAGAGCGCGAGUUGGGACAGCUAAAGCGACAACGAGACUCAAUAGUCGGCAGUAUAGAUGAGCGGUACUAA